AUACGAGUGAUUACAUUUUUCCUUAAAAAAAAAAGCCUGCGGUGGAGGGUGGAGACCUUCGCAAUAAUUUUCGGUUCCCAAUCUCUAUAUAUUUCACUUCUCACAGGAGCCCUAAAGUAGUGCUAGUUCUCUGAGUUACUGUGCGAGUGAUAUUACGAAGAGCUGUGUUAGGUUUGGGAGAGAAAUGGCGUUGCCAAAGGCCAAGGAUAUCGUUGCGUCCAAUCCUGUCGUCGUUUUCAGCAAGUCGUACUGUCCGUUCUGCGUGACCGUGAAGCAGCUUUUGACUCAAUUGGGCGCCACUUUCAAGGCCAUUGAGUUGGACACUGAAAGUGAUGGAAAAGAGAUACAAACAGCUCUAGCAGAGUGGACUGGACAGAAGACUGUGCCCAAUGUAUUCAUCGGCGGGAACCACAUUGGUGGCUGUGACAAAACCACAGCCUUACACAAGGAGGGCAAGCUGAUUCCUCUGCUGACAGAAGCUGGAGCUCUUCCUAAGUCUGCUGCAUAAAGUUCUAUUCAUAAAGAUAUGGAUUUUAAGUAUUUUUAUGAUGUUUGUCUAAUCUGUCCCAACUUUUUCAAAAACUUAAAUAACAUGGGACUUGAAGUUCUGUACUGUGGUUAAAGAUCUAGUGAGCAUUCCAUAUCUCUCUCUCUCACUCUCUCGUUCUCUGUGUAAAUUUUUCUGUGAUUGUUGGUGUAUGCCCAAUAGUAAGAUUUGCAUCAUGCAGUUGCUUAUAGGGUUUAAGGUAUCUUGUUUCUCGUUUUAGGAAUUGAUCAUUCCUGUGUGUGGGUUUGGAUGUCUGCCCAAACUCAGUUCUGUGUUUAUGUGUUGUUGUACUCGUGAGUUUCUUUUAUAUGAAAAAUUAUUAGGUAA